AGAUGCGGGGAUGGGAGUAGACCAAGGGACGACGGCCGACCCCACUGACCAGCGUCACGGCCUCUUCCUAGCCCAAGCCCUACGGCAGCCGAGACAGCCGCCGCGACUCCAACUCGCCAUGCAGCAUCAGGCGCAGAGCAGGUUCCCGCCGCAGGGCUUUGCCGGCGCGGCAAUGCCGCCACAGGGGAUCGGAGGCCUCGCCGCGGUGGCAGCAUCGCAGGCGGAGGCCGAGGCGGCGGCGCGAGCUCGCGCGGCGGAGCAAAUGGCGUUCGAGGACGCAUGGAAGGCCAGCAACCCGGACCUCAGGACGCCCUUCGCCUCCGUCGAGGACGCCGUCAGCAGGCUGCUGCCCUACCACGUCUUCGCGGAAUACGAAGACGACGAAGAUGGCGUCGACGUCGGCGGCGCCACCGUGACGGAGAAGUCAAGCUCGCAAAAGUGUGAGGACGGCAUGAACGCCACGAUGGAGGGUUUUCUCGCGGACUUCGAGAAGCAGGUGCUGAGCUUCAAUGUCAUGACCCGGCGGCGCGAGGAGGGCUUCAGCCGCUCCGAGGAGCUGCUCUUGCUGGAGAUGGCGCUGUACGAAGACGAGCGACGGCAGACGGAACGCGUGCGCGCGGCCUUCGCGCAGCACCAGCAGGAGCAGCGGGAGCAGCAGGAGGCCAUGCGCGCACGCCAGGCGCUUGCGCAGGCGCAGGCCGCGGGAGCUUGGCCGCUGGCGCAGCCCGCCGCCGCGUGGCAGGCGCUCGCGUCGGCCAAGCGCGGCGAACGGGGCUCCUGCGGGCAGGCGCUGGGUCCGGCCGCGGUGAUGCAGCAGCAGCAGCAGCAAGAGAUAAUGACGACCGACACGUGGCAGGCAAUCGCGGCGGCGGCGUCGCGCGGCGAGGGGGAACCCAGCGGCAAGGCGCUGGUGCAGGCCGUGAUGAUGCAGCAGCAGCAGCUGGAGAUGAUUGCGGCGGCAGCAUCGCGCGGCGCGGGGGGGCCCGGCGGGCAGGCGCUGACACCGGCCGUGGUGAUGCAGCUGUUGCAGCAGCAGCAGCAGCAGGAGAUGAUGGAGGCCGACGCGUGGCAGCUGGGCGGGCGGCAGAGGUACGUGGCACCGCACGGUGACGGCAGCUCGAGCGGGCAGGCGCGGCCGCCGCCAGCUGUGCCGGCGCAGGGGCAGGGGACCGGCGCGGCCGCUGGGAUGGCGCCGCCGUGGCGAAGGAGAGCGGAGAGUCGGGAGCAGUAGUGUUGUUCGGGCUUUAUCAUGAACCGUGCGACCAGCGUCUCUGUUGGCUGAACGCGAAGUAAGAACACCAAACAUUUUCUUUUCUAAAGAUCAUUUUAGAA